AAAAACUUUAAAAGAUUUAAUUAUUAACUUUAUAUUACUAUUUUUUUCACAAUAUCUGCAUAUCAGCAAUAGCAUAUUGAAUUAAAAUAAGUGCAAUACGAUCGCAUUAAAAGAAAAAGUUUAUGUAAAAGAAGACCAACUACAUAAGGAAGUAGGAAUAAAAUUUGAGAUAUUGUUACCAAAAUGUCUGGUUGCGCUUGUAUUGAAACUAUAUAUAAAGAGCUUAAAACCGAUUUUAAUAAAAAGCCGCAAAAUCUAAAAAAGUGCGGUCAAUCGUUGGACAAAUUAAAGAUUGCUCUAACCAAGUUGGCAUUUUUGCCUACCAAAGAUGUCAAGUCAUCCAAAUCUGAAAUGAUUCUUGCUAGAGAUGUUUUGGAAAUAGCCGUAGAAUACAGUGUAGCCACUAAGGAUAUACCAGCUUUUGAAAGAUACAUGUCCCAAUUGAAAUGCUACUACUAUGAUUACAAGAAAGUAAUCGGUGAAUCGAAGAAUAUGUUUAAAUUGUUGGGUCUGAAUUUAUUGUUCUUACUUUCCGUCAAUAGAGUUUCAGAAUUUCACACUGAAUUGGAGCUUUUGUCGGCCGAUAUUAUACAUACUAAUGAAUAUAUCGGUCCGAUUCUAGCUUUGGAACAGUAUAUUAUGGAGGGAAGAUAUAAUAAAAUUUUCCAAGCCAAGAGUUCUGCUCCGUCGGAGAUUUACAAUUAUUUCAUGGACAUACUGUUAUCCACUGUUCGUGACGAAAUCGGUGCUUGCAUUGAAAAAGCUUAUGAUAAAAUCUCCAUGCUAGAAGCUGCCAAACGAUUGAAUUUAAAAACAUCUGAAGAAAUGAAAACCUAUGGAAAGAAACGCAAUUGGCUACUGGAUGCAAACGGUUUUUAUAACUUUGUGGACAAAUCUACAAAGGCAAAGGAGAUAUUGCCAUCCGUGGAAUUGGCUGAACAAGCCAUCUUCUACGCUCGAGAGUUAGAAAUGAUUGUUUGAUUUCCCAAAGCAUAAAAAUAAAUAUAUAUGUAUGCGUU